AUGCCGCCGCCGGCGUCGCCGCGGGAGCACGUGGAGAGGAUCCGGCGGGAGCGCUACUACAUCGGGCGCGGCAAGCAGAACCCACUGGCGGAGGACAUGCACCAGGCCGUCAACUACCUCUCUCAGGAGCUCUACUCCAAGGACGUGCACUUCCUCAUGGAGCUCGUGCAGAACGCUGAAGAUAAUGAAUACCCUUCUGAAGUAGCACCUUCUUUGGAGUUCCUCAUUACAUCAAAGGAUAUUACUGGAUGUGGUGCAUCCUCAACUUUGCUCAUCUUCAACAAUGAGAGGGGUUUCUCUGCAACCAAUAUAGAGUCAAUUUGUCGUGUUGGGAAAUCAACAAAGAAGGGAAACAGACAUCAGGGUUACAUUGGAGAGAAAGUAAUUAAUAUGAUGCUGAUCAAUUAUAUCAUGGGAAAACAUUCCGUGGAAUCGUGGAAACCACUUGAAAAAUAUAUUUAA